AUGUUUACGAUUCCACGAAUAUUCCUGCUUCUAACAAUAUCAAGAUUUGCUUCGAGUUGCGGGGAUGUUUGCAGUGAGUUCGUUGUAAUUAGUUAUGACGUGACAAACUCCAAUUUUUUAGACGAAGAUGAUGGUGCAUACGUAAUGAGUACAUUUCCCAAUGUUGCACCAGUUCCAUCUUGUUCAGCAGGUUAUACAGUUUUUUCGCGACCUGGUUAUAAUUGGUGUAUGAAGAUUUAUCCAGCAAUAUCAAGGACUUUUACCCAAGCCGAAGCUUUGUGCCUUGCAGAUGGAGCAGUUGCAUCAGGACAUCAGAAUGUUGUUGAGGCAAGAUGGAUUAAUAGUGAGUGAACAAAAAAACCUCGCGUAUGAAAAUAAUGUCUGAAAAACUCUGCGAAUUCAGGGACCGCAACUGCCAUACAAACAGAAAACAAUGAACCAAUUGGUGGUGUCUGGCUGGGUCUCCAUAUCACAAUGGGUUGUGACUAUCUUGGUUUCGCGAAUGAACCGAACUGUGGAGCCAACUCGUUCGAAUGGACAGAUGGUUAUACAACUGGAACAAGUCAAAUCACAUGGGCAAGUGGGAUACCAGAUCAGCCAAAGUGAGUUGAGUGAUUUUUAGAAAAGUUAAAAAUACGGAGAAUUCAGCACUGGCAAAUGCGCAUUGAUGGCUGCCUAUGAUCCAAUAUUGUAUCCUACUGGUCAGAGGGCCUUACCAACUCAAAUCGUGAACGUAGCUUGUGGUAAUUCAGAUGGAUAUGAUGAUUAUCGAAAAAGAACGACGAUUGUUUGCGGAAAACCGCCUACAGAGUAUUCCUGA